AAUUAUCUGAACAGAAGAUGGAAGUUUCAUGAAUCGGUGAUCUGAUCUAAUCAGUAUCUGCAGUGUGAUACUGUGAAUCUGUGAUACACAAACUGACAGUAAUGACAAGUCGCUCUCGUGAUUGCGGCAUCGCGGUCCAUUCAUUGUCCAAGGCCGAUAAUAAAAAGAAUGAUUAUCCGUCAUCAUCCAGAACCGAUAAAUAAAGGGAAAUGAUUAUCCAAAAAAAAAUCAUCUAUGGUCUAUUGCGGUAUUGCCUAUUGGUCUCUCAAGUCAACUAUUCUUAACCUUUUUUUUCUGGGCAGACUGAUUGCACUGCACUAUUGCACUACUGGUUUUGCGACUAUCUUCAGUGGACAGUGGCCUGCAGCAAUGAGCUGAGAGAGAUUUAUUUAUUUAUUUAUUGAUUCAAUAGCAACAUUGAAGCAUGACUGCAUGAGCAGUAGACACUAGACUGUGGUCGCCAAUUUGUCGCCAUUGACGGGUUAAAGCUGUGUAUAUGGCCGAUUUUAACUUGAAAAUAUAGCAGAAUUCAGUUCAAUUCAGUUUUUGGUUGAGCUGAUCGAUCUCGAUUUCUGGCAUUCGCUGACAUGCUGUUACCAUUGCACAUCUGUGAAGUUAUCAUUGAGAUGUUCUAAUGUAUUGAAACAAAAGUGUGACCGCUUUGCACAAGUUUUAAACUCGUGUCAAUACCAGAGUUUACAAAACCGCGCGGUUACUGCGGUUAUCAUACAUGGUAACCUUUUCAGUUUUUAAAAUCAUGGUAUGUCUCGCGGUUACCACGCGGUUUUCGCGGUAGCCACCUUACCGCGGGGGUGCGGUAACCGCGCCAAAAACAACAAGGGGAAUCCUCGUCAAUACUCAAUAGUUGUGAGUUCUGAUUAAUCAAUUCAUGAAUUUUCAGUUGAAGAGAUGAAAACUUGUACUGUACCUUUUAGAACAGGGGCCAACUGAAGGAUCCAAAAUAAAAGAGAGUUCCAGCUAGCUUUGAUUCUACCCCUUUUCAAUGAGAAAAUUCGACCUAUAGCACAGGAAAAAAAGCGGUACCAAAAAAUAGCAUAAAAAGUUCCCACUUUCGAUCUAUAGCAUAGGCCACCAUUUUUUUUCGCCCGGUAGCACUUCCGUCGCAUUUUGAAGUAACGGCGUUAGAUCGGAGUGGAGAAAAUUUUUGUCGGACUCAUUUACCCUUCGUUCCCCACGUGUUUGGCCGCGUGUUCGGUGACGCCGGCGGCGGCGGAGGUCACGGAGGAGUAGAGGCCGCUGCUUAGGAGGCUGUUCCUCGAGGAGGGGCGGAACUCGUCCGUCGGGUCGUCAUCGUCGUCGUCGGACAUCGCCGAGCUGGACGGCAUGUCGCCGGACAGCUACUGCAUCUGGGUGUCCUCGCCGUCGCCAGCAUCCUCGCCGUCGCGCCCCCCACGGAAGAGCGGGUCGACGGGGUCCAUCACGCGGUGGCGCCGCAUCAGCGAGCUCGUCAUCGGCCGCAGCCAUAGCGACGGCAAGGAGAAGUUCCGCUUCAUCUCCGCGCUGUCGUCCCUGGCCAGGGAGCACCCCAAACCGAAGCCCACGACGAAGGGCGCCACCGCCACCAAACCGCAUUCUUCACUGACGGCGGCAAAGAGGCCGCUCGAGGACGAGGACGACGAUGAUGACUUGGGCGGCCCUAGUGUCAAUGUGGAUGGAUGUGGGCCGUUGUAUGCCCUCGGGCUCAUCAGCUCCGUCAUCGCCGACGGCGCUGGCAAACACCGCCGUGGUGGUCGUACUCGGCGUCGCAGCCCACACCUCCGCCGUCCUAUCCCUGCUGCUGCUCGCCGUCGAGGUUGCCGCCUACCUCCAGGGGUGGAACCUCGAGGAGGUGGCGUCACUCCCCGCCGUCGACGGCCUCUUCGCCGCGCCUCCAUUGCCCUCUUGCUCGGGAAGAAGGGCAAAUGAGUCAUUUUUCAUGUCGACUCACAUGUUUGGAUGGCAAAUGUGACGGGAGUGCUAUAAAUCGCAAGA